AUGCUCCUCCACGAAGACCACGAUGCCUUGUCCCCAUCUAGAAACUCCUCCCCCGAUGUCGUCCUUAUGGUGUCCAAUCCAGAUGUCGGAUGGGUGGAUAGAGGAACCAGUCCUCACCGAUCCAAUGCUGGACGAGUUGAUAGAGGAACCAGUCCUCACCACCCAGAACCCGCCAUCGUCACCCUCACUCCAAAUCUCAACAACUUCUCAGAUGACGACACUGAAGACUAUGCCAAGUUCAAAGAAAGAGAAAGAACUCACCAACCGUCGCCAAGGGGGAGUUCUCGAGAUGCACCACGGCAUGAAAACCCUAAUGACAGAAACUUACCAGGCGCUAACAAACUACCAGUGGGAGUUCCACCUCCUACUAGAGUCAUGACAAAUACUAGAGCUGCAGGUCCCUCAGGACUACAAGCAAGAACAACAGCUCAACCUCCAAGCCAUGGAGAAACUGAACCGAUACCAGUUAUACAGGGAGCUACACCUCCGUCAGUACCAAUUAGUGGACAGGUUCCCAGCUCCAUGGGAAGACCUACCCCUGGUACAAAUCCUCACUCCGGAGAAUUGGAGCGACACACGGACGUGCUUAUCCAAUGCAACACCAUCUCCGCAGACAACCCGGAAAUGAAAAUAGCGACAUACCUUGACGACUGGCUAGUGCCAGUCUCCAGAUCAGGGGGCUCGCCCUCCAAACUGAUCCUGACACGGCCUCCUGGUACGAACACAAUGAUGGACGACCACGAGCUCUCCUCAUCCAUCCCGAUGAGUUCUCCCAGUAUGUCAACAGAGAGCUCCUUCCAGCUCUCCUCUUCACCAGAGAACUGGGAAAUGUCCAACCAAGCAGAACCGACCCUUUCCGCGUUGUCACUUGGAACAUACCAUGUCUGGGAGAAUGUCCCACAGCUGUAUCAAAUCCAAGAAGAAUACGAAAUUUUCCCCUAUCCCAUGGGGGUACCAAUGAGGAGGAACCGCCCGUCUAUCAAAAAAAUGAAGGAAGAAGGAGUCGAGGAAGCCAGACAACCCUCCGCCGUGGAACAACUGUUGGCGGGAGUAUUUGACACCGGCCUGGAAUGCCUCCUAAUAGUGCUCGAUUUUGUACAGACGAGGGACAGAAUAACUGAAGUAGCCACAGAACUCACUGUGCUGAUUUGGAGGCUCGAAGAAAUUGCUCUUGGACUCGAUCUGAGCUCAAUGCAUGGGAUGCUCUAG